AUGUCGUCCCUCAACUACAUCAACGAGCCGGGCGCUGGUCAGAAGCAUAGCGACAUGGCCCAUUACUCCCAGAUAGUCGUCAUUGGGAAUGUCGCGAAAUUAUCGGGCCAGGGUGGAUGGGAUGAGACAGGAGAACUUGGCGACUUUGACUGGAUGCAACAGAUCGACAAUGCGUUCGACAAUGUCGACAGAGUCUUGCAGGCAGCUGGCCUUCGCGGCUGGGAAGAUAGCGAGCCANNGGUCUAUCUCCUUCGGAGCUAUCAGCUUGACGUUGUCUCCCACUUUGGAUACUUGGCCGAGAAACUGAAGCAGCGUAUCCCUGGCUACAGGCCUAUCUGGACAGCGGUGGGCGUGGCAAGCCUAGUGUUCCCCGCGAUGUCUGUCGAGCUGGAGGUGGAAGCGAUUAGGCACGAAACAUGA